AUGGAUGAACUUAUAGACAGCCUUUUCAAGUUUAGCCAGUCACAGGAGAUAUAUAUCACCUAUGGUCCAUUUGAACCUCUCCUGAAUGACAAGGUCCAGUUUACUUCCCUUUAUCAGAUGGUUCUAUCUGUGGGCAUAGUUCGGCUACUGUCCCAUUUUGGAUGGACCUGGGUGGGGCUGAUUUCUACAGAUGACAUGAGAGGAGAAAAAUUCCUCUGGGACAUUGCAGAAGAGAUGUCCAAGAAUAAUAUCUGUGCAGCCUUUAUAGAAAAGAUCCCUGUCAGUGAGAGACAGCAAUCUGAAUCUCAUAUAGCUUUCAUGCCCAGGAUUGUGGCCUCAUCAGCGAGAGUAAUCGUCAUUCAUGGGGAUGCAGAUUCACUCAUGAUCCUGAGACAUUCUCAACCUCUUACUCUUACUGCAUUUAAAUUGUGGGUUGUCACAUCUGACUUGGAUAUUACUCAGAAAGCCCAUGUUUACAAUAGUUAUGCUUUUCACGGUGCUCUAGUAUUUAAACACCAGGCUAGUGAAGUUCCCGGUUUUUCUCAUUUUCUCAAGAGUGUUAACCCUGUUAAAUACCCGGAGGAUGUAUUCCUGAAGAGCUUUUGGCAUUCUGCUUUCAAGUGCUCAGAUGAACCUGCAAACCUGGAGGAAGGGGAAUGUCCACUAAAUGCUUCAUUGGAAGAUCUGCCGCUGGAAUAUUUUGACAUGACCAUGUCUGGCUUGAGUUAUUCCAUAUACAAUGCUGUGUAUGCUGUGGCAUGGGCCCUACAUGAAAUGCUCCUGAUGAGAAGAGAAAUGGGAUUUGAGAGACAUGGAGAAAAUGUCACACUUCAACCCUGGAAGCUCCACACCUUUCUGAGGAACAUCCAUUUUAAUAAUAGUGCUGGAGACCAGGUAGUCAUGGAUGAGCAAAGAAACCCUGUGGCUAAAUAUGAUAUCAUGAAUUACUUGAUCUUCCUCAAGCAAAAUGAAGUGUUUGUGAAAGUUGGGCAGUUCAUUCCCAAAUGUCUUCUGGAUCAAAAUUUCACCAUUUCUGAGAAUUCAAUAGUAUGGGGUGAUUCAAAGACUACUCCAGAGUCUGUGUGCAAUGAGAGUUGUGGUUCUGGAUUCAGGAAACUGUCUUGUGAAGGAAAGCCUGCCUGCUGUUUUGACUGUGUCCAGUGCUCAGAGGAAGAAAUUUCUAAUCAGAGAGACAUGGACCAUUGCAUGAAAUUCCCAGAGGAUAAGUAUCCAAAUAAAGCGAGAGAUAACUGUCUUCCAAAGACUGUGACCUUCCUCACUUUCAAAGAGUCCUUGGGAUUGACUUUAACUUGUAUAGCUCUUUCAUUUUCUGUCAUCACAUUUCUGACUCUUGUGAUAUUUCUGAAGUGUCGAGACACUCCCAUGGUCAAAGCCAAUAACAGGACUCUCAGUUACACACUCCUCAUAUCCCUUACCUUGUGUUUCCUCUGUUCCAUGCUCUUCAUUGGCCAUCCAACAUCAGCAACCUGCCUCCUACAACAAACUAUAUUUGGAAUUGUUUUCACUGUGGCUGUUUCUUCUAUUUUGGCCAAAACUAUCAUUGUGGUUCUGGCCUUUAAAGCCACAAAAGCAGGAAGCAAGAUGAAAAGGUGGGUACAACCUAGAGUUUUUAAUUUUGUUGUUUUCAUCUGCUCUAUGAUCCAAGUGAUUCUCUGUGGCAUCUGGCUGGCAACCUCUCCACCUUACCCAGGACUAGACUUACACUCAGAACCUGGACAUAUAAUCAUUAUAUGCAAAAUAGGUUCUGUCAUCACCUUCUACUGUGUCUUGGGUUACAUGGGCUUUCUGGCCCUGUGGAGCUUCAUAGUGGCUUUUUGGGCCAGGAACCUUCCUGACACCUUCAAAACAGAGAGAAAUACCUUCAAAUAUCUAAAGCAGAAAGAAGAUUCUAGAAGGAGUCAUUCUGAAAUUUUAACUGGGAGUAAGGGACCUAAUCUGAUGGAGUUAGGGCAGGGCCAGUCAGUCAAGGUGGUUGAGUUUCUGAACAUAAUGUCUUCUUCAUCAGGACUGCUCUCCAAACUAUUACCUAAUUCAAAUAAUUUGGGUGUAGGAGUCAGUGAUGCUGCUGCCAUGGAGACAGAUCCCUUAGAAAAGGAGGGCCUGGAAUUUUUCUAA